CUACAAUUGGCAUGAAAGCAGCGUAGUUCGCGUAAUCAAAAUCAUAUCCUUUUGUUAAUCCAAGGAGUGCACAACAAGAGGACAACAUUUGAAACAGUCUCGCGCUAAUAUUCAUCGAGAAACAUUCGCGACUACUGUAUACGGAUAACACUUUGCAUUCGUCAAAGCUUGCUCAACGUGACAUCGUGAACUAUAGAAAAAAAAAUAUUUGAAAUUAAAAUCGUGAAAGUCAAUUUCGUUGCGUUAAAAAAUUAAAAAAUAAAUUUCUUAAAAAACGAACAUAUUUAAUUGUUGUCCACGAAAAACGAUAAAAAUAUAAUUUUCUGUCUAACCCAGCAAUAUUUAUUAUAAAGAGUGAACUGACAUUUGAACUAAUAGAAAAAUGGAUAUUUCCGCAUACCAGCACAUGAACAUACGCAUGAGUACUCGGGGAAAGCGCCCGCUUCGUAAUUUGACGCCAUCCGAUAAAGUAAGGGCUAUACAACGUAUACACAAUGGUGAAACUAAGGCAUCCGUAUCACGAGAUAUUGGAGUCCCAGAGUCCACUCUCCGAGGUUGGUGUAAAAAUGAGCAGAAAUUACGUUUUAUGUGUCGUCAGUUAGGAGGGGCUGCAGACCAAAUGUCACCGAUGGCUGGCAUAGAAAAUCCCCCCGAGAAACGUCCCCGUUUCGAAAAUCACAUUCAGACCCCAAAAUAUCCGGCUUCCUCCAGCUUCGAUGAAUUUGGAUACAGCCGUUUGCCGUUAAAUGGUCUCAGCUUUCCGUCAAAUGGCAGCAAUGCAAUUUUAGAGAAAAUAGCUUUAAACGAGAUUAUGAAGAAACACAUUAUGCCAGCAGAUAGUGCCAAUAAACAACCAGUUGAUAAUAUUUCCAAUCAAAUGUCCGGCAUGAUGGGAGGCCCAAUUCAGUUGGGAGGAGACUAUAAUGCGCAACUAUCCAUGAUGCAGAAUUUGAAUUUAUUAUCCCUGUUAAGUCCAAGUUUGACAGCAUUGCCAAACCUCAACCCAAAUGGUAAUGGCUCUAUAGAUGCUAUCAAGAAUAAAAUACCGCUGCGCUUAACAGACGAAACUAAAGAUAUUACCAAAAACAACUCUAAUAUUACCAGCAAUAGCAACAACAACAACAACGAUAACAAUAGUAUAAACAAUACAGUUUCGUUGUCGGUGAAGAAUUGGGCCAAAGAUCCUGCAGAUAAAAAUUUGUUGAAUUUGACAAAUCAGGGCAUCAUAAACACUUCAACCACCACCACUACUAAUAAUACCAUUGCAAUUAAUCGCAACAUUCAUGAUUCGAAUAAUAACAAUGUAAAGGACAAAAACUCUUCGAACGUUCCGAAUUUUCCACCACCUUUGCCACUAGGUCUACUACAAAUUCCCAAUAUCAACAACAUAUCCGAUUCGGAAAAUGGCAAUAACACUGCCUUACUAGAAUGGUGCAAAGUCUUCAAUGCCAGCCUUAACUUUUUGGCUUUAGCUGCAGCCGCCGCCGCUCUCCAACCUAAUGGAACUCUGAAUGCUGCUGGCAUCAUUAAAAAGGAGGACAAUAUUCUCUACAAGGAACUCACCAAGACUGCAAACAAUUUCGAUUCAGUAAAUAAUCCUACUUCAUUCAUUGGCAGUGAUGUCUCCAAUGACAGCUACUUUGAUAGUGAACCAGAGGAUUUAUCAGUACGAUCAACUGCCACAUCCAAACUGUCCAGUCCAGCCAAUAGUCGAUCCCAAAGUCCUGUCAAAAGCAAUGGUUCCAGCUCACCCUUGCACAGUGAUGGUGAACACUAAGUUGUCGAUGUGAAUGCUUGUGUGUGAUUUUGAACAUGCAUAUGUGCUGUAACCGCUAGUUUAAUCGAUUAUUAUCGUCCUUUUUUUAAUUCUUUUGUACAUAAAUACAUUUUAAUUUCUCUUCAAUUUCAUUAAUAACAAAUAUUCCUACCCAAUUCAUACAUACAUACACACAUAUACAAUAACUAACGCGUAAAACAAUAAUUAAAACGUAAUUCAUAAUUUCCACAUUGCAAUCUACUAAAACCAAAAACAAUUAUCAAACAACCCAUUCAACAUACAAAUAUCAAAUACACAUACAUAUGUACAUCCUUACACACAUAGAGUAUAUAUGUAUGUAUGUACAUAAACACAUACAUACAUACAGUGAGCCUCAAAAGUGAGUAAACAGCAGCGAAUUUUUUGAUUUUUUAAGAUCAUGAAAAUCAUUAUAGUCCGACUUAAAUCUAUAUUUUUCACAACCAAAGAUAUUAUUCAAGCCAAUCUCUAUCAAACCGAAACUUUAAAAUUUUAAUCAUGGAUAAAUUUUAGAAUUUUCAUUAUCUUAAAAAAUAUCCAAUAAUUUUUGGUGUAUACUCACUUUUGCGGCUCACUGUAUGUAUACGGAUGAAUUUGCAACAUUCAUUCAUCUAUUCAUACUAUGUGUAGACAGACAGACGAACGGACGGACGGAAACACCACCAUCCAAACUUCCAAAUAAACAAACACACUAACAUCCAUGCAUAAAUAAAUUAAUAAAUAAAUAAUUAAUUAAAUAGAUUUAAAUACGGAAAUAUGUGACCAUGUCAUUAACUAGUAACUAGUAUAAAUUUAGAUAUUUUUUGUCGUUCUAGUGUAAAUUAAAUUUAGAUUGUAAUUAACUAAACCUUACAUACAAAAUUAACUAAAAUGUUGUACAUCAAUUAAAAUUCACUUCCAUUUACAUUUCGAAAAUUGUUCUUUUAUUUUAAUUUCGCAUUCACUCGUAUUUGUAUUUGAAAUAGUUGUAUUUGUUUACAAAACAUAUCAUUUUCACAAGUUUUCGAAGUGAAUCCUAUUAUAUAUGUAUGUAUAUGAAUGUGAAUGUGAAGACGUAAAAUAACCGUAUGUUUUAAUAAACGA